CGCGGGGCCGCGGCCGGCGUGCGGGGGGCUCGGCGCUCGGGCGCCCGCCAUGGACGUGCUCCCGAUGUGCAGCAUCUUCCAGGAGCUCCAGAUCGUGCACGAGACCGGCUACUUCUCGGCGCUGCCGUCGCUGGAGGAGUACUGGCAACAGACCUGCCUGGAGUUGGAGCGCUACCUCCAGAGCGAGCCCUGCUAUGUUUCAGCCUCGGAAAUCAAAUUCGACAGCCAGGAAGAUCUGUGGACCAAAAUCAUCCUGGCUCGGGAGAAAAAGGAGGACUCUGAACUGAAGCUCUCUUCCAGUCCUCCGGAGGAUUCCCUGAUGGGCCCGAGCUUUGGGUACAACCUGGAGACCAACAGCCUGAACUCGGACGUCUGCAGCGAGUCCUCCGACAGCUCCGAGGAGCUUUCGCCCCCUGCCAAGUUUGCCUCUGACCCCACCGGCGAGGUCCUGGCCAGCUCCUCGGGGAACCUGAGCUCCUCGGUUACCUCCACGCCUCCGUCGUCUCCAGAACUGAGCAGGGAGCCUUCCCAACUGUGGGGGUGCGGGCCGGGGGAGCUGCCCUUGCCGGGGAAGGUGCGCAGCGGGACUUCGGGGAAGCCGGGUGACAAGGGGAGCGGCGACGCCUCCCCGGAUGGCAGGAGGAGGGUGCACAGGUGCCACUUCAACGGCUGCAGGAAAGUUUACACCAAAAGCUCCCACUUGAAAGCGCAUCAGCGCACGCACACAGGAGAAAAGCCUUACAGAUGCUCGUGGGAAGGGUGCGAGUGGCGUUUUGCAAGAAGUGACGAGUUAACCAGACACUUCCGAAAGCACACCGGCGCCAAGCCUUUCAAAUGCUCCCACUGUGACAGGUGUUUCUCCAGGUCCGACCACCUGGCCCUGCACAUGAAGAGGCACCUCUGAGGGCGCGGAGAGGCGAGUCCUGUGGUUUGCUAAACGGCUUCCGGGCUGCGAGCGAGGCGGCCAUGGAAGGAGGAUGCGUGUUCGGGCCAAAGCAUGCCACUUUGCACCCUGCCCAGCCGCCCCCGGGGCCUCUCCCCGAGGGCUGAACACGCCCUGGGCGACACGGCGGCGGCGGCGUGGCCCCCGUGGUGCGCGGCGAGUGUGUGGGUGACCCUGGACUGGCCGCCGCCGCUGGUCCCUGGCCUUCCGAGCGGCUCCGAAGCCCUUGCCGUGAGCAUGCGCCCCGAGAACGCCCGUGGCGGGGCCGGCUGAGUGUCGAGGAUCUGUUUGUUCUGACUGUGUGAUGAGGCAGACUUUUUUUGCUGUUGUUUGUUUCCCUUGCGGUGGCAAAGCCGCAAGGGACAGGGGGGGGAAAAAGUAGUUUGAAUGUUUUGUGUGUCAGGAGUAUAUACCAUGAGAUGAGGUGACCACCAGUCAUUUCCUGGGGGGGGUGUGUGUGUGUCUGCACCUUAGGAAAAAAAAAAACAAAAACAAACAAACAAAAAUACAAAAAAAGAAAAAAAAAAAGGAAAAACGUGCAGGGUGGGGGAGUGGGAACUCAGGACCCCAGCGUGGCGAGUGGUAUUGUGGCGGGGGGGCGGGCGCCCCUGUCCCGUCGUGUGCAAGGAGGCUUUGGUCGUCUGGUGCAGCUACUAUAAACGUGCAAUGUGUCAAGUAGCUUGUUUUACUUGCUACAACCGAGCUCAUUUGUAACCCAUUGUAUAAGCUGUGUAUUUGCAGAUGUAACACAAUGAUAACUUUUCCUUAUAGUACAAGAAGUCUUGCAUGGUCUGGGGGACUCUAAUGCUUUUCCAUUUGCCAGUCGGGACUGCAGCUCUGAUUCUGGGUCACGGGCAGCUACGAAUGCCGCCGUCGGUCUGGCGCAGUGUGGCCCCCCCGCUCCCCCCUGGCCACCUAGGCCUGGCGACACACAACCGUUUUCCCCCUUCGAUUUUUGUGAACACUCCCCUUCUGGAGAGGCGGCGUGCAGCCUAGGGUUAUUUUUUAAGCGAUCCUGAAUUUGAAUCGAUUUUUUGGAGGAUUUUUCUGAUGCCCUUUGAAGAAGUGAGGCACGUGCUGAGUGUCAAAAAAAAAAAAAAAAAGAAAAAAAGAAAAAGAAAAAGCCAGGGGCAGGGAAUCGCCGGUCUGAUGGUACAUUAGACAACGGAGAACCUAAAGUUUUUCUCAGUUGGGUGGAUGAAACCACUAAUGCUUAGAAACUGUUUUUUCUCAUGCAGCUAUGUUUCUCUUAUUUAUGCCUUGAGGACUAAUUUCUGGUUUUCUAGCUGUUAAUGCACUGUUCAUCUUCAUAAUGGUGCCUUACGCAAGUGACCCCCGAGCGCGGGGUCUGCUACAGGGGUGUGGGCGAUGCAUGCUUUAUUAAGGCUCUUUUUUCACCUGGCAUUGUACUGUAUCGACGUAUAAUACAGUAAACAACAACAACAACAAAAUCUCUUUAAGGUCCUCCUUCCCAGGGACAGAUAGAUGAAAAACUCCCUCAUAAACAUGUCAGUAUUUGUUCAAUAUUUCAGACAACUUGACUGUCAGUGUUAAAAUGGGAUAAUUGAAAAAUCUGACCAAUUCUGCCACCUUGAGACGUUCGUGUGGACCUUGCACAACAAUUGUAUAGAUCACACACCGGCUGUAUUUAAUAUGUAAUCGUUCCACACAUAUUAAAGAUACAGAAGUAUUAAAAAAAAAAAACAGAAAAAAACCCAAUGUUAAUGUAUCUGCUUAAAAGGCACAAGUUUCACAUGUCUAUCUAGUUAUCUGUUGGUAAUACAGAAAGUAUACUACUUUUUUUUUUUAAAAAGUGGGCAGAAUUCUUGUGUGUGUAUAUUUGUGUGUAUAGUAUGUGUGUGUGUGUGUAUAUAUAUAUAUUAUAUAUAUAGAUAAUAUAUAAAUAUUUUUUUUAAGGAGAAACUAGAAUGUUUAGCUAGAAAAUUCCACAGCCUGUGAAGAAAUAUUUCAGAAUGGCCAUAAAGGAGGUGAACAGAUGAAAACUAUAAUCUAACUUUUAUAGAGGCUUUAUCUUUAACCAUUUGCUGAAGACUUUCUUGGCAUUGGGUCUACUCCGCACGGCCGCCUUUGCUCCACGUCUGUGGCGUGAGUGGAAUAGGGCACCUGUGGCCACUCAGGAGUGGCCUGAACAGAAUACUGGAAGCCCAGCUGGACUCAGACACACUAAGGCUUUGAUUCGAAUUUCAGCCUCUAGGUUAGAAGAUCUAACCUAAGCUAAUCACAGGGAGUCUUUUUUAGAACACUUUUUAUGCAGAUGAAGCUAUUUUUUUUUUCCAGCAUGUAGAUUCUUCCAGUUUUUCCAAGGAGGAGUAAUUUCCCCAAAUUGGCAUACCACAGCACGGACAGCUGACACUCCCCAGCUGCUGCUAUGUGGGUGCGGAUCUUUCUUUUUAUAUAUAUAUAUAUAUAUAUAUGCGUAUAUAUAUACACAUGUGAGUCUGCCGGGUUGGUAUUUUGUUUGAUCUUCCUGGAAAUGAGCAGUGAUGAAAGCUCACAUAACUGGUUUUUUUGUUUUUCUUUUCUUUUUUUUUUUUUUUUUCAAAUCUGGGCUGAUGAAUACAUUUACCUAAAAAACUCAUUUUUAUUUUGCUUAGGGGGAAAAUGCACUUUUCUUUUGGCAAUUCAAAAUCCUAGCACUUGAUUUGCUGCGUUUUGGAAAACUCCUUUUUUGGCCCUGCCGUGUGCUUAGCCAUAACAAUUCCAUUAAGCAAGAAGGUAAACAAAAGACAAAAAAAAAAAAAAAAAACUUGCACUGGCUUGCCUCACUUGCGAAACACCGUCAGAGCUCUGCCUGGGUGAGGCGUUGCCCCACGAUUUCCACAGUGCGCCAGUACACAGAGACGUACAUUCUGUUCAGGUGAUAACUGAGCCUCAAUCAAGCAGAAAACUUUUUGCUUGAAAUUAAAAAAAUUUCUAUUAGUGAAAUUCCUUUCUUUCUUUUGUUUUUUCUUUCUUUCUUUUGGAAGCACCCUGUUAUCUAAAGAAUCUUUGUAAGAUUUUUGUAAAAUUUUGUUUUACAAGAUUUUAUUUGAAAUUGUUUUUUGCAAGAUUGUUAUAUUUCUGUAUGAAUGUAUUUUUUAUUGGAAUAACAUAAAAGAAUUCUUAUCAGCA